CACCAGUCAACAUCUACCACAAUGGGCAAGUACUACUGUGAUUAUUGUGAUAUCUACCUAACUCACGAUUCCAUGAACGCUCGAAAGGCUCAUAACACGGGAAGAAAUCAUGUUUCCAACGUACGGGAUUAUUUCGCUUCUUUAGGUCAUGAUACAGCUCAAAGUAUCAUCGACCAGAUUGUGCAACAGCACGAAACUGGUGGAAGGGCCGCUAUGUAUGCAGCACCUAGCAUGAGACUCGGAGCUGGAUUUCUGAAUCCUAAUCCGACUGGAGCGAUGAACUUCGGCCCACCACCACCUAUGGCACCCUUUCCACCUCCCGGCUUCGUCUCUCCUCCCGGCCCACCCGGUAUGUCCGGUCCUCCAGGUAUCCGUCCUCCCUUCCCUCCACCCGGUAUGGGCGCUCCUAUGCCUCCUUUCCCUCCUCCAGGCGGUAUGCCCCCUUUUCCUCCUCAACAGAACGGCCCGAAUGCCCCAAUGAUGAACUCUCCUCUACCCAACGGUCAAGGUGCUCCGCCUCAAGGGUUUACUCCAGCACAAGGACCUCCACCGCCAGGGAACGUGGGUAUACAUCCAGAUCGUUUAAGGAUGAUGGGUAUGUGA